UAUUCAUCUAGAGGCGAAUGAACUGAAAAGUUUAAACCCUCUUAAAGCCAAAAAGAAGAAGAAGAAGUGGUAUUCAUCAAAGAAUCGUAAAAGUAUGAAACGAGGAUCGCUGGGAAAUGGAUUUUAUCGCCCGCAACCCUUCGGCCAAAAAACUUCAAACCAUCAUACAACAGUUUACACUUACACGCGUAGACUACCGUGAGGCUGCCUGUCUAAAGGCAUUGAUUCUGUUCCGAUCAGAUCAUACGAAUCUGUACUCGGGGCACGAAAUUCUGCUGCUUCAGGAUCAAACCAUCAGUCUGUUACAUGAAAAGUGCGGCGGUGUUCGUUUGGGUCAUUUACUGCUUCUACUUCCUGGCAUUAAAUCAGCGGCCAAUCCGAAAACUCUUCAGGAGAUGCUAUUCCGGAAAACUGUUGGCGAAGUGGCUAUAGAGCGGUUGCUGUUGGAUUUAAUGAAAACUUAAAUAAAGCAAGACUGUGUCAUGGAACUCGAAUAUCAAUCUUGUCGUGUAAUAUUUAUUCAAUAGGUCAUUUAAACUGUUUUAAUUAACAUCCAUGUAAAGCAAUAAAUAU